AUGAUGGCCUCUCCUCCCUACGCCAGCUCUCCCCUGGCCAUGUCGCCGCCUCACCCGUCUCCCGCGCAGCUCCCCAGCAAGAGGAGGUCCUCGACGCUCGAUGUCAACCUCCCCCCCGUCAAGCGGCGCAAAGCGUCCGCCCUGUCGGCGGCAUCGGCGCCCACCCACCCCCUGCGCCAAACGUCCUUCCCCCCCGAAGGCGGCCGGUCGCCUUAUGCCCGCUCUCCGUCCGUGGACGCGGCGUCCAUCGUGAGCGGCAGCGCCGUCAGUGCCACCGCCGGCGGGAGGUCAAAGAAGAAGAGGGGGCGGAAGCUGAAGGGCGGCAAAGGCGAAGGCGGCGGCGACGACUCGGCGGAGCAAACGCCCAGCCUGGCGGGCGGCAAGGCGCCCACCACCGCCAGCGGCCAGGGCGGCGACAAGGACGGCGAGGGCGAGGGCGAGGGCGACGACGACGACGACGACUACGAGAACGGGGAAAUGGCGCUGGAGGAUGCCGGCGCGCGCACCCAGGAGCAGAAGCAGGAAGAGGUCAGGCUGCGGGCCAUGCUGGUCGAGGCCUUUGACAGCGAACAGUACAAUCGCUACGAGCUGUGGCGGGCGGCCAAGCUGUCCGACGCCGUGGUGAAGAGGGUGGUCAACGCGACGGUUUCGCAGUCUGUGCCGCAGAUGGUGAGCACGGCGGUCAAGGCCGUGGCCAAGUUGUUUGCCGGCGAGAUGAUUGAGGCGGCUCGAAACGUGCAAGGCGAAUGGAUCCUGGCUGGCGAGAAGCAGGCCGACCUGCCGACCCCGCCGCCGUCAACAGACGACGCCGUCGGCGACGGUGACGGUGACGAAUCCCAGCAGCAGCAGCAGCAGCAGCAGCAGCAGCAGCGGCCGGAGCUGAAGCGGGGGCCGCUGCGACCAGAUCACCUCCGAGAGGCGUGGCGGCGAUACAAGAUGUCGGGCGAGAGCAGAGGGGUUGGGGUGCAGCAGCUCUGGCAAGCGCAGCAGGGCAGCGGCGUGGAGAGGUUCAGCACCAAAACCAGGAAGAGGCUAUUCAAGUGA